AUGCGCCUGGCUUCAGAAUGGGACCGAGGAGAGACAAGGACAGCGAGAGUGGGCAUCGGGCAUAUUCCACUGCAGAAACUGGCACAUGGUGGCAAGAAGCACAGUGAUAGUAUGGUGAGUGAUGGGAUGGUGAGUGCUGGGAUGGUGAGUGCUGGGACGGUGAGUGCUCGGAUGCUGAGUGAUAGUAUGGUGAGUGAUGGGAUGGUUAGUGCUGGGAUGGUGAGUGCUGGGAUGGUGAGUGAUAGUAUGGUGAGUGAUGGGAUGGUUAGGGCUGGGAUGGUGAGUGCUGGGAUGGUGAGUGAUGGGAUGGUUAGUGCUGGGAUGGUGAGUGCCCGGAUGGUGAGUGCUGGGAUGGUGAGUGCUGGGAUGGUUAGUGCUGGGAUGGUGAGUGCUGGGAUGGUGAGUGCUGGGAUGGUGAGUGAUGGGAUGGUGAGUGCUGGGAUGGUGAGUGAUGGGAUGGUGAGUGCUGGGAUGGUGAGUGCUGGGAUGGUGAGUGCUGGAUGGUGA